UUUUAACAACCAGCGUCCCUACCUGACUGGGACUGCCUGUUCUGCUUGUCCUUCUGAGUAUACGUGUUCAAACAACCUGUGUAUGGCCCCUGAUGAAAACGUAAAUACUGGGCCUGAGGUUUUCUCCAUUAAUCCUCACUUUGGGAGUGCGUGUGGAGAAACAAGAAUUACAAUCUCUGGUAAAAAAUUUUCCCUGGACAAGUUAAAUGAAGGGAAUAAGGUUGAACUUGUGUCAGCUACUACUUCAUACGAAUGUUUGGUCAACAAAGAUGGAACCAUGGAAGAUUCGAUCAUGUGUUACACUGUGCCUGGAAUGGUGGAGGGGGUGUAUACUGUUAAAGUGACUGUGGAUGGUGUACCUAUUCCUGAUGACAAACUGUGUAAGACUGGAGGUUCAGUGGAUAGUGACUGUCAGUUUGAGGUUAGAAAACAGAACACUCCUGUGAUAAACAGUGUGACACCUGUUGCCUUUCCCCCGGGACCGGAGUCUAUUUUGGAGAUGAGGGCGCUGAUGUUCACAGACAGAUACACCACCAAUGUGGCCACAAGUUCAAAUGGCAGAGAAGAAACUAUCAAUCGGGUUUAUGCAGGCCCUCUUCUGUGUGAUCUGAUAAAAACUGGUGAAACUGAUGUUUUUUAUGGUCUUCAGCUAGAUUCAUCUUCAUCUGAUUAUGGUACAAUGAAGUGUAGGUACCAGGGGAAUUUUAUUGGUAAUUCCAAUGCCAGUUUUAUUGUUGGUGGUGGACCAUUUGGGAGGUCUUGUCGUAAUUUGGACACAUUGCUGGUCAGCAUCAACAAACAGAUUUAUCAGUUCCAGACCUACGCUGAAAUCGCAGGGGUAGCCCCGGCCACUGGGAGCACCUCAGGGGGAACAACUCUCAAAAUCACAGGAAACUAUUUCACAGGAAGCAUGGCAAACACAAAGGUCUAUGUUGGAGGUGUUCUGUGUGAGGUCACCUCAGUCACUGAUACAGAGAUACAGUGUGUUACCCCUCCCAAACCUGCCACUUUACCAACUUAUUUCUGUGGUAACCGAGGACUGACUUUAGAGGUAUGGACUGGUCAGACUAAAGCCUACGCUGACCUUGUAGACAUUGAAGCCCUGACCAGCUCUGACGCCGGCUACAGUGUCCACCAGACCGGUCAGUCUUACUUCAGUCAUGCCGCCAGUAAUUACGUAUCUCGAGCGCAAGGUUUCUUCACAGCCCCCUACUCUGGAGAGUAUUCCUUCACGAUCAAAUCAGCGGAUGUAACAAGCCUCAGACUGAGCACAGACAUGAAUCCAGCUAACAAGGUAGAAAUAGCUAAGUGUGAGGGCACCUGUCCGGAGUAUUCAUCAACACCAGGUCAAACCUCAGCCAGAGUAACCCUAACGGAACAGCAAAAAUAUUACAUGGAGAUUUUACAUUCACAUGGAUCUAGUGGGGACCCCUCUUUUCAAGUAGCCACUCAAUUCUAUGACACAAAGUUGACCAACCAGAGCACAGGAAUAGUUGAUGUGGAACAUCAAUUAGUGAAGGUGAGAUCUACAGUUGUUCGUGAGGUACAGAAAAUAUCACUGGGGUUAGGUACUACUGUUGGAAGUAUUAUAAAUGAAGUACAAAUGGUGGAAGUCAAGGAACUAAGUGGCCAGUAUUCUGAUGCUACCUUCAGGCUGGGACUGUAUGGGGUUUACACAGAACCUCUGAACACCAAUAUGGAUAACAUAAAAAUAGCCACAGCCGUUCAGAGUCUCCCAUGGUACGGGAAUAGUGGUGAAUUAAUCGGCGUUUCCAAAACAGAGGCAACAUCUCCAGAUUUCAAGAUUACACUGAAGAUCCAGUUCUUCUCUAAGAGAGGAGAUAUUCCCCUACUUGAGUACUUGGUGUAUGAUGGCUCCCAGGGAGAAAAACUAGAAGUCCAAGUGACAGAAGAUAUAAAGGGGAAUCCAGAACCCUACACCUUGACCCUUCAAAUGGAAGGAGUUGUCUCUCCUGUAAUUCCAGGGGGUAGUGACAUAACUGCUGUAAUAACGGCAGUAGAUCAGAUGUUCACCACCAGGUGUCCUAAGUAUCUUGGAGUGACGGGGGUGGUACAUAUCAGCUUCGAGACCAACUCGAACACAGCUCAGGGCGGUCAGAUUGUAGAUGAUAAGGAGGCUUUCUGUGGAAGAAAAUCUGUAAAGAACCCGUCUUACCUGUACUCAAACAAUGACGGAUUGCUACUGGGCUCAGGUGUUAAUACAAUAUGUUUUGCCUACCAUGGAGCCCUUGCGAGUGGUUUGGUUGUAAAGUACUCCUACAAGGCGGGGGAGGACAUGACUAGCGUAGAUAACAAGUACAGGACGUUCUCUAUCAGCAUCGCAGAGGAAUCAGAUCAGUGGAAAUACACAUGUUUUGACAUGCUGACAGCACUUACUAACCUUGUUACUGAUGGGCAGCUGUUUAGAGUACAUUAUAUCAAGGCUUCAAGAUCAGGAGAUGUAUACAUAGACGAGGUAUAUAUUGGUAAUGGACCAACUACAAACGACCAAGAGAAUGUGAACUUACUGCGACUGAAACCUGUGAAGCCUAACGGUCAUGUGAUACACCGUACAGAGGGAGUGGUGACUUCUAAUGCACCGCCCGUGUUCAGUGUGGAUAUCACAUUCAUCCCUCUGGAAUGUGGAUACGACUUCCCUCUGCUUAGUGCUGUCCCAGGACAGGUCAAUGCCUUGAUAGUAACUGUAGAGCGCCUGCAUGCAGCAUCGCCCCCAGUUACAGGGACCUUCAAACUGAGCUAUGGGGGAACUGAAUCUUCUGCCAUUUCUCCUACUGUGACUGGAGAGGAAUUUAAGGAGAUUCUGUUGUCAACUAUACCAACAAUGGGGGAAAUAUACACCUACAAACAUGGAGACUGUGCAAACUUUGACCUCAGUGUAGCAUUUCUGUCCAAACCUGGGGAUCUUGCAGAAAUCCAGUAUACUAGCCAGUUGUCAGGGGAGAAUGUUGCUAUAGAGAUAGAAACAGUGGUUAAUGGGAAACUGAACCUGGACCCAAUCCAGGGAGACAUGUUGUGUGGUUACAGCUCGUCUCCUCAGGUGGCGGCCUUCAUUAAUGAGAUUCCUACACAGUGUUCCUCGGCCACUGGCUGUUCCUUCGUCUGGGAGGCUGCCACUACACCCGUUAUAAACUCCUGCACGUCUGGUUCUGGCACCCUGACUAUUUCUGGGACUGGGUUUUCAACAAAUCAGGCUGACAAUGCAGUGACAAUAGCUGGUGUUGAGUGUACAGUCACCUCGUCUUCUGAUGUAGAAAUCGUCUGUACCCCCGGACAAACGCCCGCAGGCACCCAUACAGUGGAGGUCACGGUGACAGGGAAAGGGAAAGCUGUCAUUGAUCCUGGAGCUACCUGUGAUUUUGUAUCGACAAUUUCAAUUUCAGCCGUGUCCCCCAAUUCCUGUAGUAUUGGAGGAGGAUGUGAGGUCAGCAUUCAGGGGUCAGGGUUUUCUUCUGAGGCCAGUGUCUCGGUGGGAGGAAGUCCUUGUGAAGUUCUGUCCUCCACAUACAAUCAGAUCACCUGUAAAGUUCCAAGCUCAGCUACAGCUGGUCAGCAGACGUUGACUGUGUCGUUAGAUGGGACGUCAGCCACCAGUUCCUUCACCUACAAUACAGGUCCUACCAUUAACGAUGGCAGCAUCACCCUGACACAGGAGACUCAGGACGGAGGACUUGUCCACAAAUUAACAUUUACUGGAAGUGGAUGGGGCAAUCUAAAUACUGUAAAGCUCUACAUCGACGGAAAAGAAAUUAUCCCCACAACACUGACAGCCACCAGCCUGGAGGCUUCAUUUCCGUUACUCUCCCCAGGAACUUACCAACUCCGGCUCCUCACCGAUACAGGCUAUGCAGUAGAUAGUUCUGGCAGUAUACCCAGUGUCACAGUACAGGUCCGUAAGAUCACCAACGUGUUCCCAACCUCAGGAUCACUACGAGGCGGUGCCACAUUAACUAUAACGGGUCAAGGAUUCAGCCCCGUGACCUUGGAAAACAAGGUCAAGGUCGGAGAUCACAAAUGUGACGUAAAGACUUCAACCUCGACGGAACUCAAGUGUCAGAUUGUAGAUACUGGAAAAAUACACCAUAUUACAAACCAAGGAAUUCAUCCAGAGAUUGGUAUCAGUGGCUAUGCCUGGACACCUAAGACUCUGGAGAUUAGUGUUGGAGACACAGUAUCCUGGAGCUGGGAAUUUAAAUCCUUUAUCCAGGGGAUGAAGGUGAGGGUGGUUCAGGUGAAGGAACUGUUGUCUCAGGAGGCGGUGGAGGGGGGGUUCAAUAGUGGUCCCCCUACAACCAGAGGGGCUUACCAGUUCCAGUUCCUGGUGCCUGGGACCUACCAUUACUGGAGUGACUAUGUGGACUUUUAUAAAACAACCCAAUUCUCUGGCGUGAUUGAGGUCGUAAGUCUGGGUUCAUAUGCUGCAGAGGUACAAGUGAUGGUUCAAAACAUUGAAUUCAGCCAUGAGAAACCAGGAACUGCUGAUCCUACACCUGGAGGACCCUGUCCCGGGGGUACUGGUGACCUGGGAUUCUGUAACACCCCUACCCUUCCUACAGGCAAUCCUAACAGAUGGAACUUUGCAUUCUGGGAAUGUGCAACACCAAAAGUCACCGGGGUAUCUCCAAAUGAAGGAACGACCCUUGACCCGAUAACAGUGACAGGUCAGGGAGUCAGUAACAACAUUUGUGAACUAGAGGUUAAGUUUGGAGACAAUGUAUGCAGUGUAAAAGGUCUAGGUGAUGGAAAAUUUGACUGCUGUAUUGAUUCGGCAAACAGUCCAACUGUUGGUCUAUUACAGGAAAUUUCAUUACUUGUAAAAAAUAGAGGGUAUGCUCUGAUAGAAAUUGAGAAGAGAUUGGAACGUUCCUUUGCUCUGGUACCCGCAGUGAAAACCAUUUCUCCAGAAUCAGGAUCCACUGCUGGUGGAACACCAGUCACAAUUACAGGAACUGGGUUCUCUGAAGAUAAAGGAAGAAUGGUAGUGACUGUUGGUGGUUAUAUCUGUCCAAUAGAAAGCACAUCAUUCACUCAGAUCACAUGCAUAUCUUCAGCUCAAAUCAUAGGUACAAAGACAGUGGAGGUUAAAGUCAUUACAACAACAGGCACUCAGGUUAUGGCAAUCUGCAAGCAUACAAGUGGGGCAUGUACAUUCUCUUAUGCCACCUCUGUGACACCAGAAUUGGUGAGUGUAAAUCCUGGGUCUAUCACGGGUACCAGUCAGACGACCUUGACCUUGACUGGUACUAAUUUGAAGUCCGCUGUAGAGGGAGCCACGGUCCACAUUGGCAGCGAGGAAUGUGGCGUCCAAUCACAGACCGUGGACACUAUUACAUGCACCAUUACAAACCUCCCCCUGGGUCAGAAUGCUGUCCGUGUCUCAGUGUCUGGCUUUGGAAAUGCUGUGUCAUCACUCGAGGUAGUUUCACCAGCAGUAAUAAGCAGUUUAACUCCAACCUCUGGCAGUGUGUAUGGUGGAACAGAAAUCCAUAUCCAGGGAAAUGGCUUCACAGAAAAUGCAGUUGUUACUAUAGGAGGUGUGAAUUGUGAACUUGUUAGUGCCACUCUGUCUGAUUUAAGGUGCACUACUGGUGCUCAUGCAGCAGAAACCUCACAAGUUGACAUACAGGUGGGUUCAGAAACCUAUCCACAACAAACAUUUACCUACAGUGAGGCCAUAUCUCCAAAGGUCACCAGUAUCUCUCCCAACCAAGGUAGCCAUGGUGAAACUGUCACAAUCAGUGGUCAGAGUCUCAGUCCUGUCCAGAGAGUGACCAUAGGGAUGGCGGAGUGUACCGUGGUCACCUCGACUGCCACUGAGAUAACGUGUACCACCACUCCUCACGCGGUGGGACAGCAGAGUGUGGUAGUCCACACAGAUCACGGGAUUUCCAAUGGUGACAUCCAGUACGAGUACUCACUAGAACUCUCAGCUGUCAGCCCUGACUCAGGAAGUAUUUACGGAGGUCAGACAUUGACUAUUAGUGGAGCUGGGUUUGAUGGGAAUGCAGAACUUAAGAUCUGUGAUGAGAUUUGCCCUAUAGAGUCUAGUUCCCUCACUCCAACAACAUUCUCCUGUUUAUCUCCCCCCUCAUCUGAUUGGAGUGUUAAAACCUGUGAUGUUGUCCUGACGUCCAGUGGUGAAGUGCGAACACUGAGUGGUGAAUUCAGCUAUCAGCAAGCUAAGACAGCGGCAGUGACAGGCUUAUCUCCCCUCCGCGGGGGAACGGGAGGGGGCACACCUUUGACAAUAACAGGCUCGGGAUUUGGCAGUGCUGAAGGACAAGUUGUAAUAGAUGGCAGCAUUUGUUCUGUGACAAGCUGGACAGAUGUUCAGAUUGAAUGUGAUACUGACCAACACACAGACACUGGGAAGUACAAAGUCAGUGUGACCGUGCCAGGAAAUGGACUGGCUAAUCCAGGAGGGUUCGAGUUCUUUUAUGUGGACAUUUGGUCUUCACCAUUUACCUGGGAAAAUGGUAUACUUCCAAAAGAAAAUGAACUAGUCGUCAUAAAGGAGGGGCACACUGUUUUAUUGGACAUCAGUCCUCCUGUGCUGGAUACAAUACUUAUAGAUGGAGGCAAUCUUGUUUUUGACACAAAAGACAUUGAGCUUCAGGCCCAGAGAAUUCUAAUAACUAAAGGAGGAAAGUUACAAGUAGGAAGUAGCGAUGCACCAUUCCCAAAUAAAGCCAAAAUUACUCUACAUGGACAUGUAAGGUCUAAGGAGCUACCUGUGUAUGGGACAAAAAUGAUAGGAGUGCGGAAUGGAUCACUGGAAUUACAUGGACAAAGAGUUGUAACGACCUGGACACGACUACAGACUACAGCGGCUGUCGGGGCUACAGAUAUAGUUCUGACACACCCAGUGGACUGGAAGACAGGUGAUGUCAUUGUCAUAGCAACAACAGGUCACAGACACACCCAGCAACAGACAGAGCAGCGCACGAUUAGUUCCGUCUCCGCUGACGGGAUAACUCUGACCUUGACCCAGCCACUGGGCUAUGAACAUCUCGGGGUAACAGCGAGGUAUGGCGAACAUGACAUAGAACUGCGAGCAGAAGUGGGGCUCCUCACGCGAAAUAUUGUCAUCCAGGGGACUAAUAACGAAGUGUGGAAUGAUCUUAUUGAGGCAUGUCCAGAUGGAUUUGACACUGGUGAGUUUGCUAGGCGGAAGUGUUUCCAAGGUUUGUUUGGGGAGGAGAUGGGCACGGAUCAGUUUGGAGCCCACGUCAUUCUUCACGCUCCGAGUCCAGACACGGGCAGUGUCGCAGCCCACAUCCAGUACGUGGAAUUCAAUUACGUAGGGCAGGCUUUCCGUUUAGGACGUUACCCUGUUCACUUCCAUAUCAAUGGCAACAUGUCUGGGUCCUAUGUCAGGGGCUGCAGCUUCCAUAAGUCCUUCAACCGUGUCGUCAAUGUUCACGGCACUCACAACGUACUAGUGGAGUAUAACGUGGCGUACGAUACAAUGGGUGGUGCCAUGUUCCUGGAGGACGGGAUAGAAACGAGAAACAUCCUGCAGUAUAACCUGCUGUUGUUAGUGAAAGCAAGUUCAAGUUUGCAGAAUGACGAUAAUGUUCCAGCUGCAUUUUGGGUAACGAAUCCUGACAACACAGUACAGCAUAAUGCAGCUGCUGGUGGCACACACUUUGGUUUCUGGUACAGGAUGCACAAGCAUCCAGACGGGCCUUCAUUCACCACCUCCAUCUGCCCACAGAAUGUUCCUGUUGAUAUAUUCUUCAACAAUACUGUUCAUUCCAAUGGAUGGUUUGGUCUGUGGGUGUUUCAGACAUUUACUCCAAAAGAUGAUGGGAGCUGUGGUUCUAAGACACCACAGCAAUCCUUGUUUUCUAACCUGACUGUAUGGAAUUGUGAGAAAGGGGCCGAGAUUGUGGAAGGAGGGUCAGUUAGGUUAAAAAACUUUGUUCUCUUGAACAAUGAAAAAGCUGGUUAUGAAGGCAAGAUGGUAGCAGAGGGAAGUCAGGUAAUUGAAGACUCAUUGAUUAUUGCUCAUGCCACAGAGCUAACUAGUACAGGACAGGGAAGCACCCAGUUUGGUAUCAAACUUCCUUACAAAUAUAAUUUCCAUGUUAAAAAUGUGCAGUUUGUCAAUUUUGACGAUAACUUGGCAGCAUUUGGUGUGACCAGAAUCACAGGAACAUGUUCUGUUAAUUGUGGUGGUUACCUGUACACCACUGAGGGGCUGACUUUUAUCAACUCACCCAACAGGGGGAAGUUUUUCUGGGCAUGGGAAGCUUUAUUCAAAGAUUUAGAUGGUUCCUUGAUAGCUAAUGGUCCCUCAGCACCAGACGCAGGAAAAAUUGUCCUCCCCACCUCUGAAACUCUGCCAUCAACCUGUACAUCAUUUCCAGCCUUCAGUCAAGGUGCCAUUGCAGCCGUGGUCUGUCCAGAUAAUCUCAGAUUCCACAGGUUUACAUUUAACAAAGCUCCAAAGUCUCUAGAUGGCAAGAACGCAAUAUUUACCAAUCAGUAUGGCAGCACCAAUCAGCCAUUCCGAUUUAAGGCAAUCACCCACAAGCAGGGCUGGCUAAUGGUCUUCUUAGAUGGUGAAAAUUACACAAUGGAAUUCCAAGAUAAUCCAGGAUUUACUAACUUCUCCUACCAAGGGAGAAUCGACAAUUUUGAGACUAAGGAUGAGUAUGUGAUAAUUAGGCAGUCCCUUGACCAGCAACCUAGCCGUGUGUUUUUUCAGAGUUCUAGCCAUACACCAAAGCCUGAUACAGCCAUAGAUCCUCUUACGAGCAGUCAUGGUCACUGGGAUUAUAAAUCUACCAUCUUACAGUAUAUAGUUAGAGGACAUGACCCAUCAAUCAAUGACCCCACCACAAAUAAACAUGUUAGUGUAAACUUCAAUGCUUACAAGUGCUUCUUCCCGAACUGUCAACCCCCGCCUGACCCCAACACUGUUCCCCCCGAGGAGUCUCGUCCUGACCACGCUGUGCUGUGGUCCGAGAAAGAGACGUGGGCAGAUGCAGAGGAGGGAUGGGGAGGGAAUAAAGGAAAUGGAGAAUACGACCUGCCAGUGGAUGGUGACAGUGUCAAGAUACCAAAAGAUCAAUGGGUGGUAGGAGACAUUGCAAUACCACGCAUGGAAAAACUGGUUCUGUAUGGUGUGCUGGAAUUAGACGAUAAUAAUGGAAACAGAGACUUUGAAAUCCGGUGUAAAUACAUUGUAAUUUAUGGUGGACGACUUAUUAUUGGAUGGCCAGAUAAACCUUUCCUGUCUAAUGUGCUGGUUAUCCUGGAGGGUGAUAAACAGACAGAGAAUUAUGAACAAGACAGUGGUCCUACUAUAGGGGCCAAAGUUUUAGCUGCUUUUGGAGGAGUUGACAUGCACGGUGUACAGAGAAAUGAUUCCUGGACUCGUCUCGCUCAGACUGCGAACCCUGGGGAUAAUCAGCUGACCCUGGCCUCGACUGUAGACUGGGUGGUAGGGGACGAGAUUAUCAUCGCCCCCACAGGAUACAAACCCGAGGAGGUAGAGAGAUUUACUAUCACAGUCGUCUCUGGAAAUACCAUUACAUUAGAUGGUCAAUUGCAGUAUAAGCACAUUGCACACACUCAUACUGCCAACGGUAAAACAAUAACAAUGGCUGCAGAGGUGGGGAGACUGACGAGGAACAUUCGCUUUGAGGGAGCAGUUUACCCGGACAUUCAGGACGAAGCCUUCGGAGCCAGAAUGAUGGUGUCCAGAAUGGUCAAAGACGGACAGCUUUACAUAGGGUAUGCCCGACUCAGUAAUGUGGAGUUCCGGUACUCGGGACAGGAGGGGUAUGUGGAGCGCGGGGAUUCCAGGGCUUCCCUGGCCUUUACAGAUGCCGGGACAGUCAGCAACAUUAAACCAUCAGCUGUCAGGGGCUGUUCCUUCCAUAAAAGCUUUGCCCCCGCUAUCACUGUACAUGGCACCAACAAGCUACCAGUGGAAUGGAAUGUCAUGGCAGACUCAGUGUGGUUUGCCUUGGAGACCACCAGUGCUAAAACCAAGUUAUCUCACAACUUUGCCACAAAUGUGCAAUGGGAAGGGUGUUUUAAUGGUAGAUUUGAAACCAUGAAUGUGCGAUACAAUGGUGCUUUCAAUCUGAACCAUGCCAAAGACGUGGAGUUGGCGUAUAAUGCAGUGGGAGGGGCUCAGAGGAUUGGUUACAACAUAUUAGGGGAGGAUUGUGGUGAAGCAGCGGCCUGGGAAAGCAAUGUGGCUCAUACUACACUGAUAGGGGUGGCUAAUAUCCAGUCACAAACUCCCAUUCCAGCUGGUAUGGACUGUGUACAAAUAAACAACUUUGAAGUAUGGAAGAGCGUGGACUAUGGAAUAUACUACAACAACCUGGUAAACAAUGUCAUAAAAGGCGUGAAGGCGGCAGAUAAUGGGGUCAACAUCUUCCAGUUCAUUAUUGGACCUCCAUCUGUACUACAUGUGUAUGAAGACAAAUUUGCCAAAGUCGAGGAUUCCUUGAUCAUAGGUACAUCAGACGCCUUCGACUGCACUAAUGAUGUCUCCAAUGCCAAUGACUGUAACAUCAAACUCAGCAAGCAGAGCCGCGCCCACAGUGGGUCAAGGAGACUCGGAGUUACCAUGCCAACGUUUUCUUCUGGAGGAAACAAGGCUACUGAGAAACCAUUGGCUGAUAUAAAGGCCUACCAGGCAAUCGGAGGAAGAGCCUACGUGUCAGGUGUUACUUUCUCUAAAUUUGGUGCCCGUUGCUCCGGUGGAAGAGAUAUAGUAAUCGCCCCGAAUUUUAAGAAUGAUGACGGGAACCACAGGAUGGAGACAUCCAAUGUGGUGUUGGUAGGUGUGGAGGAAGAAUCAAAGGUCUUCUAUCCCAGAUCUGAAUUAGGGAAGAUAAAUCCUUCUGACUGUGUGGACAUGGCUUGCGACGCUAAGAUAAAGGCCCUGCUGGUUGACAAAGAUGGCAGUUUCCUGGAUCAGGCGGGCGCCGUCAUCCCUCAGUCCGAGUAUCAGUGGAAUGGAGACCCAGCGUACGGGCUAGGGGACUACAGGGUGCCUAAGGAAAUGCUGACCACUCUAGAUGGGGAGAGAAUUGACAUUAAUACAUUGGCCCCCAAUAAAGGUAUCAUUAGAGACGGCAGCUGUACCUAUGUCUCCUCAUGGCAGGCCUACAAGUGUCCUAACUCUAAACACUACACACUGACCAUAGAGAGUCUGGACAAAGACACAGAGACACGGCGAAUCUCACCUGUCGCCAUCCUGGGAAAUGGUUACCUUGACCUGAUUAAUGGCCCACAAGAUCAUGGCUGGUGUAUGGGGUACACCUGUAGAAAAAGACUCUCUACAUUCCAGGCCAUUGUUUCUCUAAACGAGAAUUAUCUGAUACAUUACACUGGUACCUCCCCUCAGAAUUCUCGCUUUAUGAUGCUGGAUGUUGGACAAAAUGACUGUAUCCAGCUCUCAAUCUGGUACUCCCAGCCCUGGCGUCUGGACGUGUAUCACGAUAAUGUUUAUGUCAUGCCAAAAAAUGCUAGACAUGUUGGAGACAUAAAAACCAUUGUUUAUGAUCCUCCCCCGGUCGGGGAACCAGACAAAUUUAAGCCCAGUGCUGCCACCUGUGUAGAUAACUCUGGGUCUAACUUCUAUGACAGAGAUGCUGGUAUUCUGGUCCUCCUCAUCAAGGGACCUAAGCCAGUGAGUAUCAUCACGGUGGAGUCUGUUAUCGUCUCCUUCCAGUUCCCCGCGAUGACUCUCGAUGAGUUCUACGGUAAAAAUAUCAUCAUGAAUCUGGCAGCCUUCCUGGAUAUUGAUCCUAAUUUUGUCCGAGUCACAGACAUCCAAAGGGAAACUCAAAACAGACGAAGGAGAAGGAAUGCUGAUGAAAAUAUUGAAGGUGCUACCAUUGAAAUCAGCAACCCUCCAGGUUCUCCUGUUGAUUCUAGCAGCAUGACGAGUGACGAUUUACAGAAAACACACACUGAUCUCAUCAAUGCAGUACAGCUGACAAAUUUUACAACGGACACGCUCGGUUUGAGCUCCGGCACUUCUGUCUCCAUCUCGAGAGAGAUGCCGGCGUCUGACAGCCCCGAAUGGCAACAAAUGGCAAGCGAUGGUUCGGACGGCUACGUGGUGAUACAGAAGGCAGAUCACAUGACAUUCCACACGGAACUCCAGCCUUUACAUGAAGGGACUCCAUUCACAAAACAACCAAAGAUCCAAGUUAGGGACAGCCAGGGGGAGAUAAUCACAAUGCUGGGAGCAGAGGAGAACACAUGGAAGAUAACCGCAUCAAUUCGGGAAAACACAGGAAAUCCAGAUGCUGUUCUUCUGGGAAAUAAAACUGUCCAGUUUGUCAAUGGCAUGGCUACCUUCACCGACCUUGCUAUCUCCCAUUUUGGUACAGACUACAUACUUGACUUCACGGUCACUGAACCAGAAGUGGGAGAGCCCUUUAUGAUUGCCUCCCAGGCCUUCACCCUACCAGGAAGACCUAUUGUGGGAGCUGUUGUGUCAAAGCCCCCCAUCAUAGUGGAGAGGUCAUCAGCUACUAUCACACUGGAGCUCAGAGACAGAGUAACUGAUGAAAAAGUUAAUGAUAUUGACUGGAGGGGUCAUUCUUGGACAGUUACAGCAGAAAUUGGAAUGAGUGAAAUGUAUGAUGCAAUCAUCAUGAAUCCUAAAACCACCACAUUUGAUGCUAAUUCUGGACGGGCAACAUUUGAUGACUUGUUAUUCUUCACCUCUGGUGUGUAUGUUGUCCGAUUUAACAUAACAUCCAAUCCAGUUGAUUAUAACAUCGAGCUCCAGGAAAUUGUGGUUGUCAGGGGAAUCAGUCAACAGGGGAUAACCAGAGACACGGUGAAGGAGAUAGGACUCAAAUUUGAUGCAGAUUAUGAUAGCAUUGUAGGAGAAAGCAGAAACAAAUACUUAGCCGCUAUGGUCCUGAACUGGGUGGCUAACAACUUUACCAAUGUCAUACCAGAACCAAAAUUAGUUUACAAAGGGAGUAUUAUGGUGACCUUCAACUUAGGAGGUAAUGAGGUCAAUGUCACAUCGACCAUCAGCGACUUGUGCAUCGCUAUCCAGAACGGCACAGACUUUGUAUUUGUGGGACAGAGCCUCACUCUCAGUGGUUACAUGACGGUGGACGGAAAUAAAUAUUACGGAGUCUCGUGCGGGGUGAUCUCAUCCCCUGAUGGUACAGACAGUGCUAUCCCGAUCAUAGCAGUGGUCGCGGCGAUUGGCGGCCUUCUGUUGAUAGCAGUCAUCAUCUUAAUAGCCUGCAUGUUACAUAAAUCCAAAGUCGCCCCAAAAACUAAAACACAUGACCUUAAGGAAGUUCUCUGUAAUGAAAAAUCCUUUACGAGUAUUCGGAAACAGGCCCCUCCUUAUUCCACCACACUGACUGGUGAAAAACGAACGGGGGCCGAUUACUGGAAAAAGUAACAAUCAAAAGACACCAUCUCAAAAAAAAACUUUACUCUAAGAGUUCAGGAUCAUGAUUUACAUCUCUUUUCAUUAAACACCUAAAUUUCAUUUCAUACAUAGUAACUUCUAAGGAUUAUUAUGUACAUUGUAUAUUUGAAAAAAAACAUGAAUACUUAUGGUAUAAAACUUUAUGCUGGCUUAUUAUAGGGCGAAUUUGUUGCACAUAAACUGGUUCAGGUUUUGGUUUAAGGUUUAAAACUAGUUUUUCAAACUGGUUUAAAUUUCAAUCCGGUUUACCUAGGUAAAACAAAUGAACAGUUUACAUGGUUUGUACAAGAUGGCGUCAAAAAGAUGCAGAGCAAUUAACCAAAUUACACAUGCAAAAAAUGUGUUAAAAUCUUUUUCUAAAUAAAAAAAAUCCAAGAAAUUAUAACGUAUUGUAUUCUUUGAUUAUCUUACUUAGAGUUAAAAGUGUAGCUUUUAUAUUUUGAAUGCCUCAAAGAUUAAUCAAAUGAACAAUUUCCACGUUUUAAACACAUGGAAAGAUAAACACUCGGGUAUAAAUAAUUACUCUUUAGAUUUCCAGUAUUUAAGCUGUUUUUACACAUGUAACAGUAUGUUCUACAGUUUGCCAGGCAUGUUGAAGUUUGUCCAAAUGAUUCAAAACUUGUUUUUGAAAAGGAAAAUUUUUACAUAUUCUGUUCAUAAUUAUUGAACAAACACCAUUAUUUCAAUAUGCAACAUUAAUUCAUUCUCUGAAGCCUUAUAUAUAAAACAUCAAAUAUCAGAAUGUGACAUUUUAGUCAAAAGAGUUGUUUGUCCUCGAAAAAACAAUAAUUUAUAACUUUUUUCUUUAUUAUAAUAGUCACUAUAUCUUUCAUCACCGCCAUUUUGGAAUACUUCCCGCUCUUUCGUAAACCAAAUAAACCACCAUCGGAGGUGGUUUGGUUGGUUUAACGAACUGGUUUCAGUUACAGCAAAAACAAAUGGAAAACCGGUUCUGGGUUUAAACUGGUUUAAAACCAGUUUGUGGAACAAAUGAACAGUUUUACAAAACUGGUUCAAAACUAAAACCCGGUUUUUGAGAAACAAAUUCGCCCUCAGAUUCUGUUUUAGUCCUUUUACAUUUUUUUUAAUGUUCCAAUUUUAUAUAAGAAUUUAACAAAUGCUAAAAGUAUACUUUUAGCUUUCAAAUUUAAUACAUUUAUUUCCUUUUAAAAUGACAAAAGAUGGAUUAUCGACUUUUUGAUGUCCAUUCUUGCAAAAUAUUUUCUCUGUCCUUUGAAUUUUUUUUCCUCUCUGCUUGUCAAUAUUUAAUGAUAGGAUUUUGAGGAAUAAUGCUGUGAUACAAAGAAUUUGAUCUGUGAUAUUGUUUGUGAUACAUGUAUUUGAAAUAUAUUUAUAAUGUUCUUUG